UUGCUGGCCGGGGACAGAGCCGGGCACCGAGGAGCGACAGGACCCGGAGGAGGAGGGAGAGCGGAGGCAGCGAGGAAAGGAGGACCCCGGCAGGUGACAAGCAUGAAAUUCAGCCCAGCACACUACUUGCUGCCUCUCCUGCCGGCGCUGGUCCUCAGCACCAGGACUAUGAAGAGCUAGAAAAGCAGCUGAAGCAAGUCUUUAAGGAGCGAAGCACCAUCCUCCGUCAGCUGACAAAGACAUCAAGAGAACUUGAUGGAAUUAAAAUCAACCUUCAGAAUUUGAAAAAUGAUGAGAAAUCUGCCAAAACUGAUGUUCAGAAGCUUCUGGAAAUCGGUCAGAAACAAAGAGAACAAAUGAAGUCUCUCCAGGAGGCCCUGGAAAAUCAGCUUAAAGAGACAACUGAGAAAGCAGAAAAACAACAGGCUACUAUUGCUUUCUUAAAGACUGAAAUGGAGAGAAAGAACAAAAUGAUCCGAGAUCUCCAAAAUGAGAAUAAAAGCUUGAAACACAAACUCUUGUCAGGAAACAAGCUAUGUGGCAUACAUGCAGAAGAGUCAAAAAAAAUCCAAGCGCAGCUGAAGGAGCUUCGUUAUGGGAAGAAGGAUUUAUUAUUUAAGGCCCAACAGCUUACUGAUCUGGAACGAAAAUUAGCUGUGGCAAAAAAUGAGCUAGAGAAAGCAGCUCUUGACCGGGCGUCGCAGCUGAAAGCAAUGAAAGAGACAGUUCAACUCUGCCUCUCAACUGUUUUCCGUGAUCAACCUCCUCUCCCUUUGAAUCUCUUCAAACCAACUCCAACUCGGACAUCAAUUCCAUCCAUGCCAAAUGACACUAACAUUGCAGAUGCAAGGACAAGAAGCCAGCCUCAACAAACCAAUUCUGAAGGCAGUGAGAGCUUUCAAGUGGAGACUACAAAGGAAGACUAUCCGAGUACCCCUGAGUGCGAUACUCAAAUUCUUUUGCAGGGGAGCACAACCUGUUCAGUGAAUCACAAAGAAAAUCCUGCAAGCAAUGACACUGCAGAAUCAGAACCUGUCCCACAGAACGUGCCAGUGUCUCCUUGUACUGAAUGUGAAGAGGAAAAAUACCCAGAAAAACAACUGACCAGCACUGAAGGGAAGGCAAAUAGAGAAAAAAAAUGACUGUAAAUACCAAGAAACUGUGUUAAAGACAUCCAUUUGCUAUUGUCUUCAUACUCUUUUGAGACCACAAGCUUGAAGGAAAUACUAAGUUUUUAAAGCAUGCAACUUUUUCACAAUUUUAUGUAACUUUAUAAAGUAGUCUACAAAUUUUCCAAAAGAUUCCAGGCCAAUUAUGAUCCUUAAACAAUAACCUAAUUAAAAUGGAUAUCCACAGUCACAUAUCGUCGCUGUCAUCCGUAAAUUGCCCAGGAGAAAUUGGUCUUUUUUGAACUCAAAUACAAUAUAACAUUUAAUUCUCCUCGUUCAUUUGGGUAUCCAGUUCUUCCAUGAUCUAGUUUUUUAAAUCAACUGGAGAAUGAUUAAAUGUUGUGGAUACUCAGCAUUCUUAGAAUCCAAGUUGAAAUCAUAUCACAAAGAUUUUGGUCCAUGCUGGUUAAUUAGAGUCACUCUCCUUAAGGUUGGAAACUGUGCCAACCCAAAUAUAUUAUUUACCUGAGGGUGUUCAUUGCUAUUCUCAUUAUUAUUUAGAACCAUGUCUAAAUAAUAUCAAGACAGUUCCAUCAGGGGUUUAGUCAGUUAACAAAAUUUGUUAAAUACAUUUAGUAUAAUGUAGACAAAAUAU